ACUCCCCUCCCAAACCGGCUCCCCAGGCGCAGUAUACCCCUUCUUCCCCUGCUGAAUCAUCUACAACUCUAUUAAAAUACCCUGCUUAUUAUCAGGAUUGUACGCACCCGGCAGCGAAACACCCUUUACAGUGCCGAAAUCCACCUUCCUACCCCCACUAACCCUAAUCUGCGUACAGCUCAGAUAAAACUACGCACCCAUGCUUUUCCCUACAACAUGUAGCCCCAAGAUCCCGUAGUGAAGAAGGCACCCGCCGUUAGCAACGGUGGGAGGAAUAGUAACGGUCCAGGACGCGCCAUUCUUAGCAAGACACCUAACCCCCUAAUCCCUUAGACUC